AUGGCCAUGUUCAAGUUAUCCGUGGUUUGGACAGUUUUGUCCGUGCUGCAAAUUGUGCCUGCGGGUGCGUACCGUUCGGCAGUCCGCGACCAGACCUUCCGUGAGACACCUCAAGCUUCAGAAAGCAAAGCUGAGACGGAAAGCGAGGCCUUGCCACCACCAACGGUGGAGGAAUGGAUCGAGAAUCUAGAUCUCAACAAUGCCCAGGCACGUGCAGAUGCAGCUGCAGAGCUUGGAAAGUUGGGCAAGAAGGCCGCAGCGGCCGUGCCGCGGCUGACUGAGUUGUUGAGUCAGCCGGGAGUGGGGGUGGCUGCAGUGAAGGCUUUGGGGGAGAUGGGAGGUGCUGCCAAAGACUCAGUGGCAAGCAUCGUGGCUAAGAUGCCUGGGUGCCAGUCAAUGGAUUGUCCAUACAUGGUUGCGGCCGCGACUUCCUUGGGGAAAAUUGGCAAGGCAGACCCAGAAGCCGUGUUGCCAGCCAUGGAGAAGGCUUUGACGGCUGACAAAUGGAACAUUCGCUGGUUGGCUGCCACAGUGUGCGGUGAUCUUGGUGAGAAGUUCGCUGCCAAGAGUCCACUGCCGAAACCAGAUCUUCCAGAGGUGCUGCAGUACCUGAACAAGAACCAGGCUGACGUAAAACUGUAUGUGCUGGAGAGGCUGGGGGAGAUGGGAGGUGCUGCCAAAGACUCAGUGGCAAGCAUCGUGGCUAAGAUGCCUGGGUGCCAGUCAAUGGAUUGUCCAUACAUGGUUGCGGCCGCGACUUCCUUGGGGAAAAUUGGCAAGGCAGACCCAGAAGCCGUGUUGCCAGCCAUGGAGAAGGCUUUGACGGCUGACAAAUGGAACAUUCGCUGGUUGGCUGCCACAGUGUGCGGUCAUCUUGCUGAGAAAUCGCUUGACGUUGUUCCGCAGCUUCGCAGAGCCUGCAAGUACGACAGCGACUCUGACGUGAAGAAAGCUGCGCAGGAGUCCUUACGACUCAUCGACGAAGCAAAUGUUGAGUCACCCAGCUCGUGA